CCCAGGUGCAGUCUCUCUACCCCAUCGUUUACUGCUCUGAUGGUUUCUGUGAGCUCACUGGUUACGCCCGUGCCGAACUCAUGCAGAAGAGCUGCGCGUGUCACUUCCUGUACGGCCCAGAAACGAGCGAUCGGUCAACGGCCCAGAUCCAAGGAGCCCUGGAUGAAAGGAGGGAGUUCAAGACUGAGCUGGUCUUCUACAAGAAGGAAGGUACAAAGUUCUGGUGUCUUCUGGACAUUGUACCGAUUAAGAAUGAGAAGGGCGAGGUGGUUCUUUUUCUCGUGUCCCACAAAGACAUCACUGACAAGAAGAAGGAGCAGGACCCUGACCACGGACCUGAAACUGAUGAAGAGACGGGUCUGGAGGUGCAUCAGGUAACUCGCCCUCCGGGCUUCAACGCCAAUCGGCGCCGCAGCAGAGCUGUGCUCUAUCACCUGUCAGGACACCUGCAGAAACAAGACAAGAGCAAGCUCAAGAUCAACAAUAACAUGUUUGGGGAGAAGCCUCCGAUCCCGGAAUACAAAGUAGCAGCCAUUCAGAAAUCUCGCUUCAUCCUGCUCCACUAUGGAACCUUCAAGGCCGGCUGGGAUUGGUUAAUUCUCCUGGCGACUUUCUACGUGGCCGUCACUGUGCCCUAUAACGUGUGUUUCACAGUCGGGGGAGGGCGGGAUGAAGGCAGCGCCUCACGCAGCCCGCCCAGUGUCAGCGACAUCCUCGUCGAGAUCCUCUUUAUUUUAGACAUAGUGCUGAACUUUCGAACUACAUUUGUGAGCACGUCGGGUCAGGUCGUCUACGACGCCCGCUCCAUCUGCGUUCACUACGUCACCACCUGGCUCUUUGUUGAUCUCAUUGCCGCCCUGCCCUUUGACCUGCUGUAUGCUUUCAAUGUCAGCGUGUACUUUGGCGUCCACCUGUUGAAGACAGUUCGCCUUCUUCGGUUACUGCGGCUGCUGCAGAAGCUGGAGCGCUACUCACAGUACAGCGCUGUGGUCUUGACUCUGCUGAUGUCCAUGUUCGCCCUGCUGGCCCACUGGAUGGCGUGUGUCUGGUACUUCAUAGGUCGAAGGGAGAUUGAGAGCCAAGGAUCAUCAGAUAUAGGUUGGCUCCAUGAGCUGGCCAAACGUCUGGGUACCCCGUAUUUCCCCGCUGUCCUGACAACGCUGUUCCCCACCACGGUCAGCAGCAUUCCAGCCAACAGCAGUCAGUGGAACGUGUCUGGGUCAGAGGUCGCAGGGCAAGGAACCUGGAAUUCUAGCCAGUAUUACGGGAAUGUUUCAGGAAGCGAGGCUGCAUCUGGGACAACUGGUGGGAGUGGGAGUUUGAGCGUGCUGGACGGCGGUCCAUCAAUGCGCAGCAGCUAUGUGACCUCCCUCUACUUUGCUCUGAGCAGUCUGACCAGUGUGGGGUUUGGAAAUGUAUCAGCCAACACCGACUCAGAGAAGAUCUUCUCCAUCUGUACCAUGCUCAUCGGAGCACUGAUGCAUGCAGUUGUGUUUGGCAACGUGACGGCCAUCAUCCAGAGGAUGUACUCGCGCCGCUCGCUUUACCACACCCGCACCAAGGACCUGAAGGACUUCAUCAGAGUCCAUCGGUUGCCCAAGGCUUUGGAGCAGCGCAUGCUGGAGUGUUUCCAAACUAUGUGGUCGGUCAACAACGGGAUCGACGUUAGUGAGCUUCUGAAGGACUUCCCAGAUGAGCUGAGGGCUGAUAUCGCCAUGCACCUGAACAAGGAGCUGCUCCAGCUGCCUCUGUUUGAGUCAGCCAGCAGGGGCUGCCUGCGUUCCCUCUCCCUCAUCAUCAAGACUUCCUUCUGCGCUCCAGGGGAGUUCCUCAUCCGGCAGGGAGACGCCUUGCAGGCUAUCUAUUUCGUCUGCUCAGGUUCCAUGGAGGUCCUGAAAGACAACACUGUGCUGGCUAUCCUAGGUAAAGGAGAUCUGAUUGGCUCAGACUCCCUGACGAAGGAACAAGUGAUCAAAACCAACGCUAAUGUCAAAGCCCUGACUUACUGUGACCUGCAGUAUAUCAGCCUCAAGGGUCUCCGAGAGGUUCUCCGACUUUACCCUGAGUAUGCCCAGAAGUUCAUCAGCGAGAUACAACAUGACCUGACUUACAAUCUACGAGAGGGCCACGGGGCUGAUGUGGAUUGGGAGAGCAACGGUGGCUUGGUGAAGAAGCUGCCGUCCAUCCGCGAGGAUGAGGAGGGUGAUGAGGAGCAGAGCUCCGUGUCCCGAGCUCCUCGCUCCCCACUGCAUCUCAGCAGAGGCCUCAGCUCGCCCCUGCGCUCCCCUCUCCUGCCGCCUCGGCCUUUCCGUGCUCCCUCCGACCACUCGCGCCCUGCCACCCUGCAGAUACCAGUGGUGAGCUUCAGCAGUGUACCACCUGAACUCAGCCCCAGAUUCGUGGACGGCAUUGAAACAGAGAACAAUUCCACCACAACACAGAAGUUUGAGUUCAGCCCCAGCCUGUCACCUGCCCCUCCGCCCUCACCGUACGCAGGGAUCCGUGAGCACUCUGAGAUCAAGCAGAGUGUGUCUAAACUGACCGAGGAGAUGAACGGUCUGUCUAAACAAGUUUCCAAGCUCAGUCAGGAGCUGCAGGAAAUGACACGCCUGCUCAAGCCCCUCCUCCAAAUGACACCACAGCCAGUCCUGAUGACCAUGAUGCCAAAUUUAACAUCACCUCCCAGUAGUGCCAGCCAGCUGUCAUCAAGCCCCUGCCCCGGGGCGCCACCCCCUUCCACAGCUUUUCCCCACCAGAGACCUGACACUCAUUCUCUGUUAGACAGCAGAGACACAGAGAGUGCAGAUUUGCCAGGAUGCCUUCUCCCAACUCCUCACUCACCAAAAAGGCCUAAUUCAACUCCUUCAGCAUCAGCAGACCCGCCCAAGCCCCCAGGGGCCAAUAGCCAGGGGUCUGCUGACUCCAACCAUCACUCGCCAGAGGAAGGACUUCCAGAGGGGCGCGUGGACUCCCGAAGACUCCGUGCCUCCUCCAGUAACGGGAUAUUUUUCCCCUCGCUGCAGGACCAACCUCCUCUGGCCUCUCACACCCCUUCACCUUCACUCUCCUUCUCCAUGUCUCUCUCUUCCUCAUCAUCUCUUUCCCCAUGCCAAGGACCUCACCUCUCCCGACCUGGCAGUUGUGCCAGCAGAGGCCCGCUCAUCCCGCCCGCCUCUCAGGACACUCACCCUCCCCUUUCCUCUCACUUUUCAGCUCCACCAUCGCUCACAUCCUCCCCUGGAAGUCAUCGGCUGAGGCUUUCCCCUUCCGUGCCAGUCGUGUCCCCUAACACCUCUGCCCAUCCCUCCACUCUUUCUCUGCCCUUGUCUUUGGACGUUGCAAACGCAAGGAGAAGAGAUAACCAGACUUCAUCUUGGUGCAACUCACAGCGACACUACAGAGGGGCAAGAUCCAUUUCUCACCCCCAGGAGCUGGAGAUGCAGGAGCGGGGACGACAGGAAGAGGAGAAGUCCUCCUCAGAGCACAUCAGUUUCAUUGAUGAGGAGGAGCCAGCAUUAUGAACAGGCUGAGCAAAAGAUGGCAUUCAAGUAGCAGGAAAGAUGUAGGACAAGAAUUAAAAGAGGUCAAAGCAAGUGUGAGGUAAAGAAAACAAACGCAGGGAACAGAAAGCUGGUCCAUUUCACACAGAAAGACAUUUGUCAGGCAGGAGAUGCUAGAAGAACAGACAGGUAAACACAAAAGACAGUGUGAAGGAAUGCUUUCCUCUACAGAUCAACCACAGAAUUACAAUAGCACAAACCGUCUUAUAGCAUCAAUGAUCCAGUAGCAUGAGUCAAACACUGCAGAGCCAGAGCACAUCUUUCUGUCUCUCGACCCUGAUGAAGCUCUAUCGCUUUUUAAUCCUAGUAGGUCUCCUCUUCAAAGGGCAGGCACAAACACAUGCAUCUCGGCAGGAAACGCGUCUUUACCCAAACUAGAUAAUCCAAGCCAACUGCACUGGGACUAAGAAUGUAAGCCCUUCAAUGGUCUCAGUCACCUCACCUGGAAGGUUCCUUUGCUUCAUCAAUGGGAUUAUGUUUUUUAAGGAAUGCAGUUAUCUGCCCCUGGACUGGUUAAAAAAUACAGCUUUUUAUCGAAUAACCUCAGACUAAAUGGUUCUACAAAGUGUUUUUCUACAAUGUUUCUUAUUGCCCCCUUUCACAAACACACACACACUAACGACAGCAGAACUGUCAUUUGUGUGGCGCCCGCACUGCAUUUGGGAACAACUUGGGGAUUCGGUGUCUUCACCAAGAAAACCUGGCCAUGUGAUAGAGCUGUUUGCAGCCUGCUCUAUCACCUAAUCCACAGGUGACCCCAGAAUCAUUCACAUGCCCAUUACACACAUUCACAAAGAAGAUGUAGAGCUUGGUUUUAACUCAGGAAUGCAAACUUGUCACAUCCUGUAAAAAAACAAAACAAAAAAACGGACAUUCUGAAUCCACAGACAGUAUAAAAGAUCGAUGCAGCCACUGUGACCUUAUCCCCAGGUUUGUGAAGUCCUGCUUUGAAGCCUUGAGAUGAGUCGUCAUCUAGGCUUUUGGGAACUGGACAUAACAAGCAAGUGGCAGUUCUGACUGUGAAACCGCGUGCUCACUGACUUGUCAGCUACCCCAGGGAAUCCUAUUGACUCUUAGAAUGACUACAAUUUCUAAAAAGUUCUUUAUAGAGUUAUUACUUUUAUAUAAUUUAUAUAAAAGUAUUAAUGUAGAGUCUUUACCUUACAAUAUAGAGGGCAUUGAGGUUCACAGAGUUCAAGCAUGAUUAUCAUUUUCUGACACAAGCACUGAAAGUCUUUGCAGCCACAGCUAUCGCCCCAUGGUGGCCAUUAGAAAGAAUGCAGGUUUAGGUUUUCUUCUGCGUUAGCUUCAUUUCUCAUACUGUCCACAUCUGAAUCCAGAAUAGAUCUACUGCGUGACUCGUGUAGAUCCCAAGAAGGUGGGUGGCGUCUUCAAGGUUUUCUGACAGAAAUUUUGUACCUUCCUCCAAACCCUUCGAUCAGGAACAGAAUCAAAGGAGGAUUCAGCAAAUCACAUCCUUUUUCGUUCUUAGAAAGAUCCAGAGGAUCAUUUUUCUUCAAAUAAUAAUAAUAAAUUACUAUGUAGUCAAAGUACUACUGUAUACUGUGCCCAUAAAAACUAAAUACAAACCAGAAUGUAAGUGUUAAAAUUAACAACCUAACCACUGCUUGUUAACGCAAAUAUCUAGUCAACCAGUCACAUGGCAGCAACUCGAUGCACUUAGACAUGCAGAGCUGCUGAAUUUCAGACUAUUUCAGAAACUGUUGAUUCACUGGGACGUCCCCACGUUUACAGAGAAUGGCAAGAAAGAGACGACUGCAGAAAAAGUGUUCUUGAUGCAAGAGGUGACAGAAGAAUGAUAGGAUCAAUCUGCACAAUACAUGAAACAAUGAAGCAGGUGCAGAAGAUUACUCCUGUCAGCCAAGAACAGGAAACUGAUUCUAUAAUUCCCAAAAGCUCACCAAAAUUGGAUAACAGAAGAUUAUAAAAAAAUGUUGCCUGGUCUCUGGUCUAACAGUAAAACUUGAC